AUGGCAGCAAAAUAUGACUUAAUAGAAGAAUUGGCAGCGAUUAGCGGAAUGCAGCGGGUUCCGACAAUGACUUGCGAACAGUUCAGUCUAAUGCGUAAAACAGGCCAGCGCGGUAUUAGUGUUUCUGGAGGACAUCAGAGGCAUCGAUCAGAUGAAGAAUAUUGUACUUUGGCAACUACUGCACCACCAGAUGGUGGCGCGAAUGCUGUCCAAAUUUCGGACGAGCAGCAGCGGCGAUCUUUUCGGCUGCGUUGGAGUGGGUCCGAAUCGGAUAAGUAA